AUGCUGCAGCCGCCCUCGCCCCUCCUGGAGAUGGCCUCACUGAGGCUUCCUGAUUCAGAUGAAUUUGACCUCGAACGCCGGAGGUUAAACGGGCAGCAGUCCGCAACAGGCCUGCCGACGGGUCCGACGGGUGGGCUUGGAGCUUCAUUGUUCGAGCUGCGGAGCGCCGUGGGCUUGCGGGCUGAGUUGUUCGCGGAGUACGUGAACGGAUCGGUGCAGGAGCUUCUUGUGCUAACAAGCACGAGACAGCCACUGGACUACACCGAGCGGGGUGACUACCUGCCCAUUGGUACUUUUUACAACGUCUCGAGUGAGGAGCCAAGCAAUUUAUCGGUCGAGCAGGUCACGGACAGGUGGUGGAGGCACAGCUUAGCCAUGUCCGUCGUCUAUUUUGUCGCGUACUUCGUCGUCUUCGUUCUGGGCCUAAUUGGAAACCUUCUGGUCAUUGCCGUCGUCUAUCGCUCGCCGAGAAUGCGCACUGUCACCAACUUUUUCAUCGUCAACCUGGCGGUCGCUGACGUCCUUGUCAUUUCGUUCUGUCUUCCGGCGACCCUGAUGAGCAACCUCUUUGUCCAUGAUAAUCAAGAACUGACUGACAAUUUGGAGGACAACAUCAAGAGGCAAAGAAAUAACUACAACAGUGAUCUUAUGUACUCUAACUGUCCUGGUAGAGUUAGUUUUGUCGAUCAGAAAAGUUGA